AUGAGGAUGUGUGACAGAGGUAUCCAGAUGUUGAUCACCACUGUGGGAGCCUUCGCAGCUUUUAGUUUAAUGACCAUUGCAGUGGGCACGGACUACUGGUUAUAUUCCAGAGGUGUGUGCAGGACUAAAUCUACAAGUGAUAAUGAAACCAGCAGGAAGAAUGAAGAAGUAAUGACCCAUUCGGGGCUGUGGAGGACCUGCUGCCUAGAAGGGGCUUUCCGAGGAGUAUGCAAGAAAAUCGAUCACUUCCCUGAAGACGCUGACUAUGAACAGGACACAGCUGAGUAUCUCCUGCGGGCCGUGAGGGCCUCCAGUAUCUUCCCCAUCCUCAGCGUCACGCUGCUCUUCUUCGGUGGGCUCUGCGUGGCAGCCAGCGAGUUCCACCGCAGCAGACACAACGUCAUCCUCAGCGCGGGCAUCUUUUUUGUCUCUGCAGGGUUAAGCAACAUCAUCGGCAUCAUAGUUUAUAUAUCAGCCAAUGCCGGAGACCCCGGGCAGCGAGACUCCAAAAAAAGCUACUCCUAUGGCUGGUCCUUUUAUUUCGGAGCCUUCUCUUUCAUCAUCGCGGAAAUUGUGGGUGUCGUCGCCGUGCACAUCUAUAUAGAAAAACAUCAGCAGCUACGUGCCAAAUCCCACUCGGAGCUCCUGAAGAAAUCUACUUUUGCCCGCCUUCCACCCUACAGGUAUAGAUUCCGGAGGCGGUCAAGUUCUCGCUCCACGGAGCCCAGAUCCCGAGACCUGUCCCCCAUCAGCAAAGGCUUCCACACCAUCCCUUCCACUGACAUCUCAAUGUUCACCCUCUCCCGGGACCCCUCAAAGAUCACCAUGGGGACCCUCCUCAACUCCGACCGGGACCACGCUUUUCUACAGUUCCAUAAUUCCACGCCCAAAGAAUUCAAAGAUUCGCUGCAUAAUAAUCCGGCCAACAGGCGCACCACGCCGGUCUGA